UUCUAAGCUCUCUUAUUUCUCUCUCUUUCUCUGUGGAUGCUGAUGGUGAGAGAAAGACACACUAAAACAUUACUGGUGGAUUUUCCUUGAACUGAUACGUAAACCUGCCUAGCAUCUGCCACAUAUGAGUGCUGUCAAAAUAUACUAAUCACUGUAUAGCGAUUGAUGAUGGAUGAGUAUCUCAAUCAUUUGAUCUCUUCCUCAUCAUUGGUGGAUGGAGAUGUAAAGGAAAGUUCAUCUUGGGUCUGUAGUGAACCAAAUCAACCAAAUGCCUCCUCCCUAAUCCCUUCCUCCCUACUUCUCUUGAAUUAUAUCAAGACGACAAAAAAAAUUCACCUGUAAGCAUGAUAAGUUCAAAUCAAAGUGUGGAGUCCUUGGCCACUCAAGACACUUCAUCUGUAGUUCUUGGCAGUGAGUCAGAUUAUGCUGUUGAUAAAGUCUUAAUUUCUGAACAAGCUCGAUUGCAAAAUGAUUGCCAGAAUUGCAAUGGAAACCCCUCCCCUGAUGGAAUGGCACGUGGAAACUUAAAAUUUGGAAACACAGGCCUGCAAUGCAAUGGAAUUCUUCCUACCCUGAGUUCUCUGAACUAUCCAAAUCAGCUUCCAAUAGUUGGUGAUUUGACAUCGUAUCUCUCUUUUUCUGAGGCAAGCAAUGCUGGAUGCAAUGGAAGGGAACAAUCUGAGUACCUGAGAUCCUUAAAAAAUCUGCAAAACUUAUCAUCAAUCCCACAAUUGUGGCCUUCACAAUCUUAUGAGGGUGUUUCUUCUCUCCCUCCUUUGAUGGGACAAGACAGAAUAGAGGGAUCUGGUCUUCGAGGAGGGAACUUGGAUGAUGAUAUGCAUAUUAUGGGGAAGGGAUACAUGGGCAUGGAUGAAAUUCUCCGACUUGAUAAGUUAUCUGCAUCACCUACUACAGAGGGGAAAGAAGAUUUGCAAAGUUGUCCUUUCUCAUCUGGCAUAGCUGAGCCCAAUGUAAACAUGUCAAUGAAUCAAUUAUCAUCUAUGCCUCAGACUACAUCAGCUGCUCCAGUAGAAGGCUGCAAUGGAACUGGAAAAACUCGUGUAAGAGCACGACGUGGCCAUGCCACUGACCCACAUAGUAUAGCUGAAAGGCUUCGAAGAGAGAAAAUUGCUGAAAGGAUGAAGAAUCUGCAAGAACUUGUACCUAAUUCCAAUAAGGUUGACAAGGCAUCUAUGCUUGAUGAGAUCAUAGAGUAUGUCAAAUUUCUUCAGCUCCAAGUCAAGGUGCUAAGCAUGAGCAGGUUAGGGGCAGCCGGAGCAGUCAUUCCUCUCCUCACAGAUGGUCAACCUGAGGGUCAUAAUAGUUUGUCGCUCUCUCCAUCAGCUGGUCUAGGAAUUGAUAUUUCUCCAUCUGCUGAUCAGAUUGCCUUUGAGCAAGAAGUACUUAAGCUACUGGAAUCCGAUGUGACCAUGGCCAUGCAAUAUCUUCAAAGCAAAGGUCUCUGCCUCAUGCCCAUUGCUCUUGCUGCUGCCAUAUCCAGUGUUAAGGCAUCGUUAUCAGGUACAACUUCUGAGGAGAGGAAGAACAAUGGCUACACCAGUGGUCUUGUUAGCAGCAGCAGCAGCAUAACUGGCAUUGACACCCAUCCAAUGUCCAAUGAUAACAAUAUUGCAACCGGUACACUUAGCAGCAAAGGCAUGAUUGUCAAUGGCUGCAAUGAGGUUGUCAAGCAAGAAGUGCUGAAGAACACUUGAUGCAUUUCUAGAGCACGGAAAGUAAAGAUGUAAUUUCAUUAUUUUAGAUGGGGUUUCAUUUUUCAAGCUGAGGCAGAUAAUCUUGGAAUCUAGAGCUACUUAAACUUUUAAACUUUUAGAACUUGUCUCUCUUUCAUCGUCCUUUCUUGUUUGAAGAUCGACUGUACGUUUUUAUGAGAAUGUACAUAUACAAGCAUGCAUAUAGGCCGAUACUGUUUUUAUCCGUCGAGAAUAUUUAGAACAUGCAGAUUUACUUUGAUUAA